AACGUCGAAACGGAACGGAUAGUCGAAUACUUGCUGAUAAAAGCAUACGCCUUUUAUUCACCGAAAGAUUGCUUUCUAAGUAUUGGUAAAUUGGUGCUUCUAAUACUUUUAUCUAAUGACUGGUCAUUGAUAGAAUAUUAAAAAAAUAAUAAUUUGGUACAUCGAGUUGCAAUAAGUUUACAUUUCAACAUCUAACAACAAGAUUUCAGUAUGAGCAACCCAGUGAAAAAGGUUCCGAUUCAUCUGCAGAGUGCACAGAACAGGCUACUUAUUAAAAAUGGAAAAAUAGUAAAUGCGGAUGAAAUAACUGAUGGUGAUGUAUACAUUGAAGAUGGAAUUAUUAAGCAAAUUGGACGUAAUCUCAUCAUUCCUGGAGGAACUAGAGUGAUUGAUGCGAGGGGAAUGUAUCUUUUACCAGGAGGAAUAGAUCCCCACACUCACUUAGAGCUGGAAUUGAUGGGUGCUACAUCUGUUGAUGAUUUCUAUCAAGGAACAAAAGCUGCUAUUGCAGGAGGCACAACCAUGAUUAUUGACUUUGCUCUACCUCGCAAGGGAGAGUCACUGAUGGAUACUUAUAAUGCUUGGAGAGAGAAGGCCGAUGAAAAGGUGUGUUGUGACUAUAGCCUUCAUCUUGGAGUCACUUGGUGGUCAGAUCAGGUAAGGAAGGAAAUGGAGGAUGUAAUCAAGAAUGGAGUGAACUCGUUCAAAGUGUUUAUGGCUUACAAGGGUCUCUACAUGCUGUCAGAUCCUGAUCUCUAUGAAGUAUUCUCUCGCUGCAAGGAGCUGGGAGCAGUGGCCAUGGUUCAUGCUGAGAAUGGUGAUAUUGUCUACGAGAACACAAAGCGACUACUGGAGAAAGGGAUUGUAGGACCAGAAGGCCAUGAACUCUCUCGUCCAGAAGACGUGGAGGCUGAGGCAACCAAUCGUGCAGCUAUGAUUGCAAACCAGGUGGGAUGUCCCCUUUACGUGGUACAUGUGAUGAGUGAGAGUGCAGCGGACACAGUGGCAAGGCUGCGUGAAGGACGGGAGACUCUGCUGUUCGGAGAGACUCUAGCUUGUGCACUUGCCACUACCCAGCCUGAGGCUGGCAGCUGCUGGGAUCAUGCAGCAGCACAUGUACUUAGUCCCCCCUUGCGGCCAAAGAAAUCUACUCCAGAAACUUUGAUGCGUCAUCUUGCUAGUGAUGGUCUUCAGUUGACUGGAAGUGAUAACUGUACUUUCACCACUGAGCAAAAGCGACUUGGCCAGGGUGACUUCUCCAAGAUACCAAAUGGUGUCAAUGGUGUAGAAGACCGCAUGUCUGUAGUCUGGGAGAAGGGAGUGCAGUCUGGACUGUUGGACCCCUCUCGCUUUGUUGCUAUUACAAGCACUAAUGCGGCCAAGAUAUUUAACAUCUAUCCUAGAAAGGGUUGCAUAGCAGUUGGCUCAGAUGCAGAUAUUGUUGUAUGGAACCAUCAGAAAACAAGAGUUAUUUCUGCCAAGACUCAUCACCAAGCUCUGGAUACCAACGUUUUUGAGGGUAUGGAGUGCCAUGGUGUGCCAGAAUAUGUGAUUGUCAAUGGACGAGUCUGCGUAGAUGAAGGAGAUCUAAAAGUAGUUCAAGGAUUUGGCCGUUUUGUGCCAUGCCCUUCUUAUCCUCCUUUGAUUUAUCCUGAUGAAGCACCCAAGGAAGAAGCUCCAGAAUCUGUGGGCGACAAUGAGCGUAGUUCACGUGCUAGUGUCAAUGGAGAUGGGUCAGCCGCAGGCAGUGUGCAUGAUAGAUCUCCGGCCAUGAGUUGCUCUGCAAGUGUGUUUGGGGAUGAUUCUCCACUCCCAUUCACUACUGGCAAAGCUAUGCGCCAAGAGGGCCAACGAAACUUGCAAGAUUCUACAUUUUCUAUAUCUGCGGAGUUGGAUGACAGUGGCCACCGUGCUUGUAUCCGCGUGAAGAACCCUCCAGGUGGCCAGUCUUCUGGCUCCUUCUGGAAGUAACAUGAUUUCUUUGGUUUAAUCCAGGGGCUGAAAUUGAUGAAAUUUAUGACAAUUUUGAAGUAUUUGUUUAUAAAUCCUAAAUUCUCAUUUAUUCUCCAAAUCGAAUUGAAGGACUUGAACAAAUUUGGAUAGUUGUUUAGAGUUUACUGAUUUGUGUGAAUUCUUUAUUAACAUAAGUUGUUAGUUAGCAGUUGUCAUGUAUAUUUUGUAUACUCUUACAAUGUGUUUUUAUAUCAUUAAUUAAGAAAUCCCCAUACGGUUGAAUGUAAUGUAAUGUGAAAACCAAAGAUGUGUUACCAUCUAGCACAAACUUCAAAACUUAGUAAUAGAUCUAGUCAUUUCUGUUUUAUAAAUGUUUUUGUUUUAAACUGCUGAAUUGAUUUUUUAUUUAUUAAAAACAUUCUUUUUAUAUUUAAUAAACACAGAAACAUGUAAAUGUAGGCUAUGUAGUAAUACAGAAUUUCAUAAGUCAAAGUUAAGGCUUAUUCGUAUUUUGUUGAGCCAUACAAUCUUUAAUUGCAAAAGUUUCCUUUUUUUUAGUAAUAAUCACAAAUAUUUCCAUCUUAUAAUGCACAGUAAAAAAAAGAACAUAGUCCUUCUCUGACAUAGGACUUUAGUGAAAACAUCACACUGCCAAUCCAUAUUAGUUAGCUUUACAGAAUACUGGAACCAAAUAUUGCUAUAAAACAAAGUAAACCUACUGAAACUUGUUUUCUGUUUUACUGACAAUAAUAAUUUUAUUGUUGGCACAGUAGUAUAGCUGUGGAUGUUAAAUUGAUUGUAUUGUUUGUGGACCAGUGCCGGAUGAUACUAUGUGAUACUGUAAGAGAUUGGUCAUAAGAUUUCUAUUCAGUUGGUGUUGCAUCUAAAUUACAAGUGUUAUCCAAGUAGUAGGUUUACCUUAUUUAUGUAUUCAUGAACAAGUGACAAGUUUGAGUUUAAUGCCAUUGUUUGUAGCCAACAAUCAUGUAGGUUUUUUAAUUCCAAAUAAAAAUCAGUUGUGAAAGUUCAUCCCUUGUUUGUUGCUGGGGAACAAUUGUGUGUUAGACAAAGACAUAAUAAAACACACACACAGAAAAUUACCUAAACUGCAUAUUCGGGAAAGAUGCGGGAGUAUCUGUAACCGUCUAUGACUUUGACUUGUAAUUGAGCAGUUCAAAGCUACUUCAAUAAUGCUAAGGAUCCCAAACCAAAAUUUAAUUUGCAUACAAAAUGAUUGAUGACAAGUGUUACUUGUUCAUGGAUCCAACAAAAAGCUAAGUUUACAUUUUGGAUACUUCUUGUUUAUACAUGUUGUAAUGGAUCAUCUGAGAUAAAAGUUAAAAUAAUUUAUUACUUAUUUGUUGUAUUUCAAUAAUUUUUUUGUAAGUUUUAGUUUUAGUUCCUAGUACAAAAUUUAAUAUUUACAUUGUAUUUUAUAGUUUAUAAUAUAAUUUAGUUGUAUUUUCAAGUAUUUCUGCACUAGAAAAAUUGAAUAUUCUGAGGUUGGUUGUCACGCUACGCUUUUGUAAUUUUAAUUACAUUUUUAUAUUAUAAGCGUUAAGUUUUUCAAGUAUUUAAAUAUCUGUACUCAAGAAUUGCUUUUGUUUGAGGUCUUGGUGAAGUUGUCAAAGAACGUUCUUGUUAUAAUGUAUUUGGUGUUAUAAGAAUGAUAUUGGAAGUUGUGGCUUCCUAUUAGAGAAUUGUGUAUUGUAUCUAUUUACCACUCCCAACUAAAAUGAAUUAUGUUACUGUGUUAUAUUAAAUUGAAAUACAUUUCUAAUCAAUGUC